AUGGACGUGAGAUUUUAUCCUGCACCCCCUUCAAGCGUAGGCUCAUGUUCAUUACCUACUGACUCCAGCCUCAGUUCUCUGGACUAUUACCACUGCAACAAGAACAGAUACACUGUAGGAGAACGAGGUCUUAGGCUCUACGGUGGUAUGCCCUUGAGGCCCAACCCUGACGGGAAAAGACUGCCCUCUACAGGGUUUGAUGCUGACAACAUGUAUAUGAAUGACAGCAGUCAGGAUUUCCUCUCUCCCAGUCAGCAGAACUACUCUGGGCAGGGAGGGGGCAGUGGAAAUGGAGGCGGAGGGGGUGACGAAGAUUAUGAGAUCCCCCCUAUUACCCCCCCAAACCACCCAGAACCCCCACUGCUACACCUGAUGGACCCAGAGUCCAGUUACCUGUGUCACUCUCUGCCCCAUAACGGCCUGAUCAACCCUUACUCUUACCCAGAGCUGCCCGCGCUCAUGAUGUCCAACAUGCUAGCACAGGAUGGCCACUUGCUCUCCGGCCAGAUGCCAUCGAUACAGACGGUGACUGGGCAAGAUGGUUCUCGCUAUCCAUCAGCUCGCCCCGCCCCCAUGCUAAACAGGUCUCCUAGGAUACCGCCCCACCCAAUGAGCGCACUGUCCCAACUCAGCUCUCAGAUUGGCCGGGGCACCCGUAUGCACGGUUCCCCCUCGCCUCCAGGGAGUCAGUCAGCCACGCCCUCCCCCUCAAGCUCCGCCCAGGAAGAGGAAGCAGAUUAUCACUCCAAGAUAACAGGGGAGAAGCGGCCCUCCUCUGAGAUGACGAAGCCCAAGCCCAAACCACAGAAGAAGAAGAAGAAGAAGGAUCCGAACGAGCCUCAGAAGCCCGUGUCUGCCUACGCUCUCUUCUUCAGGGACACACAGGCCGCCAUCAAAGGCCAGAACCCCAACGCAACCUUCGGAGACGUCUCCAAAAUCGUCGCCUCCAUGUGGGACAGUCUGGGAGAGGAACAGAAACAGGCGUAUAAGAGGAAAACAGAAGCUGCCAAGAAGGAGUACCUGAAGGCUCUAGCAGCAUACCGAGCCAGCCUGGUUUCCAAGACCUACAAUGAUCCUGUGGACAGUAAAACUGGACAGUCGAGCCAACCAUCCCACAUGCUCCCCCCAACCCCCCCCCUAUACAGCGUCCCUCCCCAGCCCUCCUCUCCAUACCUGGGUCCCAGCCCCUUCCCCCUGUCUGACCUGCAGAGCUACCCGGGCGCCCCCCGCCAUGGCCUGCCUCGCUCGGCCAUGCUCCCCACCCUCAGUGCCUCCCCGCCAGCCUCCUUCCAGAUCAGCCCCCCCCUCCACCAACAGCUCUCCCUGCACCAAGGCUCCCUCCUCAACCAGCCAAUCCGCAUGCAGCAGGUCCAGUCACAGCCAAUCAUCCCUCACCAGAUGGGUCUUCAGCCCCCUCUCCACUCCCCGCCCCCAGGACAGCAGGGCUUCUCCCACCUACCGUCGGAGUAUCAGAAGAGUGUUGGGGGAUCCCAGUCUCCCGGAGGCCCGAACCCUGGGGGCCAGAACCCAGACUGGGACAGUGAAUACUGUAACCGGGAGUGUGGAGGAAAUCACUGCAGCAUGACGCCCAGGGAUAAGCCACUCUACCUCACUUGA